AUGUCCUGGUUGAAUCCCAAGAGGGCUCCCAAAACAGGUACACUCAUCAUUCGAGUCGUAGAAGCAAGGGGGUUGACUAUCCCUUCUGGCCCUGGUAACUCUCCUUUUAUUCCACAAGACCAACAACAACAGCAGCAGGCUGCUGUCAGUAAUCGAGAGUCGCACCAACGCAAAUGGUGGUUACCUUAUGCGGUUCUAGAGUUUGACAAGAAUGAAGUCCUGAUCGAUGCUCUUGGAGGAGAAGUAUCAAAUCCAGUUUGGCAAUACAGAGCCAAUUUCGAUGUAUCUAGGGAGUCGGAUGUGGUAUUGUCACUUUAUAUCCGUAUCCCCGAUACUAAUGCAAUGGACGUGGAUCCCAAAACAGGUGAAAUCGAUAGUAUGAAUCAUGAUGUGUUCCUGGGCAACCUCAAACUAGUGCCUCACUGGGAGGAGCGCAUGCAGGACGAAUGGUUUCUUUUACAAGGUGGUACAGGACGAGUCCGUGUGCAGCUGGCAUACAGACGUAGAAAUGCUAAUACCGCAUUGACCAUUGACUCUUUUGACUUGCUAAAAGUUAUCGGUAAAGGCAGUUUUGGGAAGGUCAUGCAGGUCCGCAAACGUGAUACUUCCCGUAUCUAUGCAAUGAAGAUCCUUCGGAAAGCCCACAUUAUCUCACGUAGUGAAGUCAAUCACACGCUCGCAGAACGAACUGUACUAGCUCAAGUCAACAAUCCAUUUAUUGUACCGCUCAAAUUCUCAUUUCAAUCACCAGAAAAACUAUAUCUUGUCCUUGCAUUCGUCAAUGGAGGCGAGCUCUUCCAUCAUCUUCAACGCGAAGGCCGCUUUAGUGAGGAGCGGUCUCGUUUCUAUGCUGCAGAACUCCUAUGUGCACUAGAGUGCCUACAUGGAUUCAAUGUUGUGUACAGGGACCUCAAGCCAGAAAACAUCUUGCUUGAUUACACAGGUCAUAUUGCACUCUGUGAUUUCGGUCUCUGCAAACUGGGUAUGACUGAAACUGAGACAACCAACACAUUUUGUGGCACACCCGAGUAUCUGGCGCCAGAAUUGCUUUUAGGUCAGGGCUAUACAAAGACAGUGGACUGGUGGACCCUUGGAGUGUUGUUAUUUGAGAUGUUGACAGGUCUACCACCGUUUUAUGAUGAAAACAUCCAUGAAAUGUAUCGCAAGAUCUUGCAGGAUGAGCUCCGUUUCCCAGAUGAGGUUUCAUCAGAUGCGCGGUCCUUGUUGAUGGCACUGUUAACACGAGAUCCGAACCAGCGCCUCGGUAACAGUGGAUCGCUGGCUAUUAAACAGCAUGUAUUCUUUAAGCCCAUUUCGUUCCCGUUAUUGAUGGCUAAAAAGCUUCAACCGCCAUUUAAGCCUUCAGUCUCCUCUGCAACAGAUACAUCCAAUUUUGACGAAGAAUUUACAAGUGAGGAGCCGUUGGAUUCUGUAGUAGAAGAGUCAUUCUUGAGUGAGACAGUUCAAUUGCAGUUCAAAGGAUUUACCUAUAACCCAGGUCAAGACAAUCUAUUUGGAUCAACGAUUGUCAGCCCACCUGGAGGGCCAAAUGGUGUAGCUACGAGAUAA